AUGUUCCGAUUCCUUGCAUUUACGGCUUUGGUGUCGUUCGUACUCGGCCAAUGUCCAGCUCCAGAUGAGACGGAAAAGAAGAUUUUCUUCGAAAAAUGCCACAAAGGUGUGAAGCAUACCCUAGAGGUCAAGAAGGUAGUGUUAAAGAACAGUGAAGGACAAGAGGUGUACCCUAUUGAUGUAAAGAAUGCCCUCAACAUUGAAAUGCAAACGGUCAACUCAGGUAGCAUUAUAAACACCAUACGCGCCGACGUGGACAUCCAGUGGUGGGGAAAGAACUGGUUCUCUGGUUGCGGCUGGCACGACUUACCAACUUUUGGAUUACUACACAACCUUGAUGAGUGCUAUUCGUGUCCGAUUAAGAAAGGAACAUCGAACAUGAAUAUAAAGGUUGAUAUGUCGAAAUACUCGCAAAUUCUCGGCGCAAUUGCUGGAGGUGUAAGUUAAUU